AUGGUUCUGCUCAACACGGUUCUGCUCAACACGAGACAACGCAAACAGCGGAGAAACAGCGUGUUUAUACUCAACAUCUACAGCAAUCCCAGGGACUCCCGAGAGCAGUUCAAGACGAUAUUUAAGAAGUCCGUCGACCUGGCCGGCACCCAUCCCCUGGUCGUUGUCGGGGACUUCAACGCCCCUUACGGACUGUGGGGCCACAUCUACGACACGAGCAAGGGCCGAGGUCUGUGGCAGAACGCCAACGAAAUGGACCUCACGCUCAUCACGGACAAGGCGUUCCCGACCCUAAUGGGCAACUCGGUGAGCCGGGACACCACCCUCGAUCUGGCGUUCGGGAAGAACGUUGUGGGAGCCGAGUGGAGUAACACCGCAAUGGAGUUUGGUAGUGACCAUUACGUGCUCGAGACCCACUUCGACGUCGCCCGAAGUAAAUCCAGAGAGUUCACCAUCACAGACUGGGACCAUUUUCGCAAGCUCCGCGGCAACGAAAGCGCACCCGUCCCCAAAGACCUGGAAGACUGGUGCGAGAGAAUCAAGAGUGACGCGGAGUCGUCCACCAAGAAGAUCGUCACCGACCUGGAGGUAGAGAAAAUGGACAGCAGGCUAGCCCACCUUAUCGAGGCCAAGCAGGCGUUGCUCCUACGAUGGAAGGGACAAAGGUUAAAUCGAAGGUUGAGGAAAAAUAUCUCCGAGCUCAACAAGGCCAUCGAAGGCCACUGUCGGACCCUCGGCAAGCAGCAAUGGGAUGAGGUCUGCGACUCAAUCGACGGGCAGAUGCGCAACGCACCAGAUCCAACCAGAGACACGCUCGCCAGAGCCCUGCACGAAGGUACCAGAUCCUGUUCCGGGGACGAGCUGGUAGCCAAGCUCAUGGGGAAGUAUCUGCCCGUAAAGCACGGAGACAAGAAAAUCCGGUUUCCCGACUACCUCGGCCCGGCCCGUCGGGAGUUGGAUGAAGACUUCACCGUGGAGGAAAUCAGGCAAGCCAUUUUUGCACUCAACGGCAAGUCUGCGCCGGGUCCUGACGGUAUCACCAACAAGAUGCUGCAGAACCUUGACGACCAUAACUGGAGGACCGCCAACACCAUCCUGAUCCCCAAACCCGGCAAGGCUCCGAACGUGGACAACCUCCGACCCAUCUCUCUCACGUCCUGCGUCGGGAAGGUGGCGGAGCAUGUCAUCCUCAACAGACUAAGCAGAUAUCUCGAAGACAACGUCUAUACUCACCACAUGAUUGGCUUCCGCGCCGGCCUCUCGACGCAGGACGCCAUGAAGAUGAUCAAACAUCACAUCAUCGACGGCAGUACCAGGGACACCAGAGCCCUGCUCGGACUCGACCUUGAGAAAGCAUUUGACAACGUUCUCCACGAAUACAUCCUGGCUUCCGUCGCGGACCUCGAGCUGGAACCCAGGCUGUAUAACUACGUUCGUUCGUUCCUGACGGGGAGGAAAGCGAAGCUGCGGAUUGGCGAAUUUGUCUCCGACGAGGUGCUUCUGGGCCCACGGGGUACGCCGCAAGACUCGGUCAUUUCGCCCACUCACUUCAACAUGUGCAUGGUCGGCCUCUCGAGGAAGCUGGCCCAAGUUGAAGGUAUCAAACACAACAUCUACGCCGACUACAUCACGAUCUGGUGCACCGGUGGUAGCGAAGGGCAACUGGAAAGCGUCAUGCAAGAAGGUGUAGACGUCACGGAGCAGUACCUGCUACCCGCCGGACUCAGGUGUUCCCCGACAAAAUCCGAGCUUCUGCUUUACAGAAAAGAAAGAGGUAGCAGACCCAAGGGCUGGAAACCGGUCUCCGAAAGUGACAUUUACCUGUUCUCUCGGAGCGGCGACCCUAUACCCAGGGUCGGUACCAUCAGAGUUCUGGGUAUGUUCAUCGAAGAGGACAACCUGCUUCGGCUCAUAAACACCUUUGUGCUGUGUCACUUCACCUACACGGUGGCCAUGCACAACUGGCUCAGAGCCGAGCGGGACAAGCUCAAUGCCCUCAUUAGAAAAAUUGUCAAGAAAGCCCUCGACUGCCCGUCAGAACGCAUACCGAGGACCUCCUCCGUCUCGGCAUACACAACACCAUGGAGGAGACAGCUGAGGCUCAGGAACCGGCCCAGCUAA